AAGACAUUUGGCCUCCUCUUUCCAUUUUUUUCAUAUUUCACGGUAGUGAUGGGACUGAGAGAAAAAGACCCAAAAUGCAGAUACCAAGUUCACCUCCCACAGGCGUCAUGGCACACAGCUUAUGAUGUAUGUCUUCAAAAAAACAUGACUCUCGUGAGAUUAGAGGCACUCGCCGAAAAAAACAUUUUGGCAGAAGUUUUGGAAGAAGUUGAUAACAUGAUGAACAAUUUUUCUAUUAAAAGUAAUUAUUCAGAUGUUUGGAUUGGUGGAAUUAUGCGGACAUCCAACAAUGAGAGCAUGUAUCUAGACUGCAAAUCGUUUAAGCUCCGCCAUCAAAUUAUCAUGCCUAAAGAGAAGCUGAAAGAUAAAAUGGCCUGUCUGUAUUUUAACCUUACAGAUAAGAAACUGCACGUUGAAAGCUGUGAAAGAAACAAAACGUUUGUAUGCAAAAGCAGAAAGCAAGCUCCCGAAAAUUGCACGAUGGUUACUAAAACAAAUCGCUUGAGGGACGAUUCAGUUUACGCAUUGUCUAUGGACCAUGUGCAUUAA